GCGGCGGCGGCGCGGCGGCUGCGGGCGGGCGGGCGGCGGGAGCCGGGAGCCGGGCGGGCACCGGCUGCGCGCGGCGGCCGACGCUCAGCUGCAGGACGUGCCCCGCAGCCACCCCGGAGGCAUGCUGAGGGUGACCAGCCGGCAGGAUGAGCAUGAACCGGGGCCACGGUGGGGUCCAGGCCUCCUACCACCUGCGCAUCUACCCGCAGCUGCCUGGCAUCCCCGCGCAGGCAUCGUGCUGCGUGGCGGCCAGCAAGGACAGCACGGCGGCCGAGGUGGUACGCGAGGCCGUGGCCAGCCUGUGCCUGGACAGCUCCAAGAGCUACGUGCUGGUGGAAGUGAAGGAGACCGGCGGUGAGGAGUGGGCGCUGGACGCUGCAGACGCACCCGCGCACCGUGUGUUGCUGUGGCCGCGGAGGGCGCAGGGCGAGCACCCCCGCGAAGAGGGCCACUACUUUCUGCUGCGGGAGCUGGAGGCCCCGGGCGCGCCCGCGCCCGCCGCCUCGCCGCCCUGCGCCUCGGCUGCCCGGCGCCUGGCGGAGCGCGGGCUGCUGCCCCGGCGGCCGGCCGACCUGGACGAUCUGUGCGACCUCCCGGAGCUGAGCGAGGCGGGGCUGCUGUGCAGCCUGAGGCAGCGCUUCCUGCAGCACAAGAUCUACACAUACGCGGGCAGCAUCCUGGUGGCCGUGAACCCUUUCAAGUUCCUGCCCAUCUACAACCCCAAGUACGUGAAGAUGUACGAGAACCAGCGGCUGGGCCAGCUGGAGCCGCAUGUGUUCGCGCUGGCCGAUGUGGCCUUCCACGCCAUGCUGCGCAAGCGUGCCAACCAGUGCCUGGUCAUCUCGGGCGAGAGCGGCUCGGGCAAGACGCAGACCACCAACUUCCUCAUCCACUGCCUCACGGCGCUCAGCCAGAAGGGCCACGCCAGCGGGGUAGAGCGCACCAUCCUGGGCGCAGGGCCGGUGCUGGAGGCUUUCGGCAACGCCAAGACGGCCCAUAACAACAACUCCAGCCGCUUCGGGAAGUUCAUCCAGGUCAACUACCUGGAGAGCGGGGUGGUGAGGGGGGCUGUUGUGGAGAAAUACCUGCUGGAGAAGUCCCGCCUCGUCUCCCAGGAGAAGGACGAGAGGAACUAUCACGUGUUCUACUACCUGCUGCUUGGCGUCAGCGAGGACGAGCGCCGCGCCUUCCGGCUCCUGCAGCCCCAGGAUUACUUCUACCUCAACCAGCAUGACUUGAAGAUCGAAGACGGUGAGGACCUCAAGCACGACUUUGAGCGUCUGAAGCAGGCCAUGGAGAUGGUGGGCUUCCUGCCGGCCACCAAGAGGCAGAUCUUUGCGGUGCUGUCAGCCAUCCUGUACCUGGGGAACGUGACCUACAAGAAGCGGGCGAGCGGGCGUGAUGAGGGCCUGGAGGUCGGGCCCCCUGAAGUUCUGGACACACUCUCCCAGCUGCUGAAGGUGAAGCGGGAGAUCCUGGUGGAGGUUCUGACCAAGAGAAAAACUGUGACGGCCAACGACAAGCUCAUCCUCCCCUACAGCCUCAGCGAGGCCAUCACUGCCCGUGACUCCAUGGCCAAGUCCCUGUACAGUGCCCUGUUCGACUGGAUCGUGCUGCGCAUCAACCAUGCACUGCUCAACAAGAAGGACAUGGAGGAGGCUGUAUCGUGUUUGUCCAUCGGGGUCCUGGACAUCUUUGGCUUUGAGGACUUUGAGAGGAACAGUUUCGAGCAGUUCUGCAUCAACUACGCCAACGAGCAGCUGCAGUACUACUUCAACCAACACAUCUUCAAGCUGGAGCAGGAGGAGUACCAGAGCGAGGGCAUCUCCUGGCAUCACAUCGAGUAUACAGACAAUGUGGGCUGCAUCCAGCUCAUCAGCAAGAAGCCCACAGGCCUCUUCUACCUCCUGGACGAGGAGAGCAACUUCCCGCAUGCCACAAGCCAGACGCUGCUGGCCAAGUUCAAGCAGCAGCAUGAGGACAACCGCUACUUCCUGGGCACCCCGGUUCUGGAGCCUGCCUUCAUCAUCCAGCACUUCGCGGGCCGGGUCAAGUACCAGAUCAAGGACUUUCGGGAGAAGAACAUGGACUAUAUGCGGCCGGACAUCGUGGCACUGCUCCGGGGCAGCGAUAGCUCGUUCGUGCGUCAGCUCAUUGGCAUGGACCCCGUGGCCGUGUUCCGCUGGGCCGUACUGCGCGCCGCCAUCCGCUCCAUGGCGGUGCUGCGGGAGGCCGGGCGGCUGCGUGCCGAGAGGGCUGAGCGGGCCGCAGCAGCAGCUACUGGACCUCAAAGUCCCCCGGGUGAGCCACAGAGAGUGACUGGCACCCCGUCGGAGAAGCUGUACCGCGAUUUGCAUGAUGAGAUGAUCCAGACCCUCAAAUCACUCCCCUGGCAGGGGGGAGACCCCUGCAGGCUGCUCCAGACCCUCAGUCGGCUGCAGAGACCCCGCGCCUUCAUCCUGAAGAGUAAAGGUAUCAAACCAAAGCAGACGAUUCCCAAGAACCUGCUGGACUCCAAGUCCCUGCGGCUGAUCAUCAGCAUGACCCUGCAUGACCGCACCACCAAGUCGCUGCUGCACCUGCACAAGAAGAAGAAGCCGCCCAGCAUCAGCGCCCAGUUCCAGGCAUCCCUCAACAAGCUCCUGGAGACGCUGGGGAAGGCAGAACCGUUCUUCAUCCGCUGUAUCCGCUCCAACGCCGAGAAGAAAGAGCUGUGCUUUGACGAGGAGCUGGUGCUGCAGCAGCUGCGCUACACGGGCAUGCUGGAGACUGUGCGCAUCCGCAGGUCCGGCUACAGCGCCAAGUACACGUUCCAGGAUUUCACAAAGCAGUUCCAGGCGCUGCUGCCCAAGGACGCGCAGCCGUGCCGGGAGGUGAUCGCAGCACUGCUGCAGAAGAUGGACAUGGCUCCGGGGAGCUACCAGAUCGGCCGGACCAAGGUGUUCCUGAAGGAGGCGCAGCGGCAGGUGCUGCAGGAGACCCUGCACCAGGAGGUGGUGCGUAGGAUCCUGCUGCUGCAGCGCUGGUUCCGCACACUGCUGGAGCGCCGCCGCUUCCUGGCUCUGCGCCGGGCCGCGGUCACUAUCCAGGCCUACUGGCGCUCCUACCGCACCAGGCGUGCUCUGCAGCGGGUGCAGGCUGCCGUGUUCCUGCAGGCCACUUGGCGGGGCUACCGGCAGCGCUCGGCCUACCUGCGCCAGAGACGGAGUGUCAUCCGCCUGCAGAGCCUCUGCCGCGGCCACCUACAGCGCAGGAGCUUCAGGCAGAUGGUGGCUGAGAAGCGGGAGGCCGAGGUGGAGCAUGUGCCUGGCCCGCUGCAGGAAGAGGUGACCCGGCCCGAGGCAGAGCCCAGCGAUGAAGCCCCCACAGAGAGCCCCCAGCCCGAGCCGGAGGCCAAAGUUCCCAGCCUGUCCGAGGUCCCCGCGGCCCCCAAGCCUGCAUUGGACAGCCACGAGAAGGUGGCCAGCAACCGGGAGAAGCGCGAGUCCCGGCGGCAGCGAGGGCUGGAGCAUGUGAAGUUCCAGAACAAACAUGUACAGGCGACCCGCGAGCCCGCGGCCAGGGCCAGGAGCGGAGACACGGAGGCCGGGCCUGAACGUGGGGAUGUAGCAGCCGUGGGGGCCAAGAGCAGUGGCGCGGUGUCCGGGGGACUGAGCUCGGAGCUGGACUCACCCACCGAGCCUGAGAAUCGGGCCCAGGUGGCCGUGCUGGCUGACUCGGACCUGGACCUGCCCGCUAAGGUCGAGGACAGGGACAGGAUCCCUACAGGGGCAAGCUCGGGGCUGGACUCUGCUUCUGCUCCAGCCCCCGGCAGCCCCGUGUCCCGCGAAACCUCGAGGGUGCCCCUUGAACGGCCCACCAGCCUUGCCCUGGACGUGAGGGGCGGCCCCCCUGAGGUCCCUGGAGAGAAGGAGAAGCCAGGGAGCAGCCCAGGGGCUCGGGAGCAGCCCGAGAGCCCCAGCAGUGGUGGUGGCGUGUGCCAGAUCCAGCGGUACCGGGACCAGGAUGCUGAGCGGCUGGCUAGUGCCGUGGAGCUGUGGCGGGGCAAGAAACGGGCAGCCUCCAGCACUGUGCUCAGCCAGUCCCUGGACCUGGGCCCGCGGGGUGCUGAGGUGCCCGGCUCACCCAAACAGGAGAGAAGACCAUCCUUGCCCGCAGGCGACGUGGCCAAGGUGCUCCCGUCUCUGACGCAGCACAGGGGCCAGCCGCCGGUUGAGAGCCUGGACGGGGAUCCGGGCAGCAAGAGGCACACCCAGAAGAAGAAGUCCAGCGAUGCGGCCGCUGGGUCUCCAGACGCGGGGCUCUCUGCGGGAUCCCCAGCUGACUCGAAGUCCACUUUUAAGAGGCUAUUUCUGCACAAAAGCAAGGACAAGAAGUACAGCCUGGAGAGUGCUGAGGAGGCGGAGGGUGCGGGGUCCACGCACGGCCCACUGGAAGCCACUGCCAAGAAGAAUCUAGAAGGUGCCCUGGAGAAGCCCGCCAAGGAGCCGGGGGGCAAAGGGCGGAAGAGCCGGGCCCUGAAGGUGGGCCGCAUCACGGUGUCUGAGCGGUGGCGUGAGUCAGUGUUCCGGCAGAUAACCAACGCCAACGAGCUCAAGUUCCUCGACGAGUUUCUGCUCAACAAGGUGAAUGACCUGUGCUCCCAGAAAACCCCCAUCGAGAGCCUGUUCAUCGAGGCCACUGAGAGGUUCCGGAGCAACUUGAAGACCAUGUACUCCGUUCCUAACGGGAAGAUCCACGUGGGCUACAAGGACCUCAUGGAGAACUACCACAUCGUGGUCAGCAGCCUGGCCGCCGAGCGCGGGGAGAAGGACCCCAACCUGGUCCUCAACCUCUUCCAGUCGCUGCUGGAUGAGUUCACAAGGGGGCACACCAAGAGCGAUUUUGAGCCCCCCAAGCAGAGCAAAGCCCAAAAGAAGAAACGGAAGCAGGAACGUUCGGUCCAGCAGCACAACGGGCACGUGUUUGCCAGCUACCAGGUCAACAUCCCGCAGUCAUGUGAGCAGUGCCUCUCCUUCAUCUGGCUCAUGGACAAAGCCCUGCUCUGCAGCGUGUGUAAGAUGACCUGCCACAAGAAGUGUGUGCCCAGGAUCCAGACCUACUGCUCCUACACCUCGGGCAGCAAGGCAGAGCCGGGUGCCGAGCCAGGCCACUUUGGGGUGUGUGUGGAUAGCCUGACGAGUGACAAGGCCUCCGUGCCUGUUGUGUUGGAGAAGCUUCUGGAGCACGUGGAGAUGCACGGCCUAUACACUGAAGGGCUCUAUCGCAAAUCUGGGGCUGCCAACCGCACACGGGAGCUCCGGCAGGCUCUGCAGACAGACCCCACGACUGUGCAGCUGGAGAACUUUCCGAUUCACGCCAUCACCGGGGUCCUGAAGCAGUGGCUGCGGGAGCUGCCCGAGCCGCUCAUGACCUUCGCGCAGUACAGCGACUUCCUCCGGGCAGUGGAGCUGCCGGAGAAGCAGGAGCAGCUGGCGGCCAUCUAUGCCGUGCUGGAGCACCUGCCCGAGGCCAACCACAAGUCCCUAGAGCGCCUGGUCUUCCACCUGGUCAAGGUCGCCCUGCUGGAAGACGUGAACCGCAUGUCGCCCAGCGCUCUGGCCAUCAUCUUUGCACCCUGCCUCCUGCGCUGCCCCGACAACUCGGACCCGCUGACCAGCAUGAAGGACGUCCUUAAGGUCACAGCGUGCGUGGAGAUGCUGAUCAAGGAGCAGAUGAGGAAAUACAAGGUAAAGAUGGAGGAGAUCAACCAACUGGAGGCCGCUGAGAGCAUCGCUUUCCGCAGACUCUCCUUCCUACGACAGAACUCGCCGUGGCCUCUCAGACUGGGGUUCUCGUCUCCCUAUGAGGGGGUCCUGGGCAAGAGCCCCAAGGCCCGGUCAGGUGGCAGUGGCGGCAGGAGCCCUGAGGAGCUGGGGGCGCUGCUGGAGGAGGAGGCAGCUGCUGGGGACGAGGACCAGGAGAAGCACAUUCUCAUCGAGCAGAUUCAGUCUAUCAAGGAGGAGAAGCAAGACAUCACCUACCGGCUGCCUGAGCUGGACCCGCGCGGCUCAGACGAGGAGAACGUGGACUCGGAGACAUCAGCCAGCACCGAGAGUCUGCUGGAGGAGCGCACAGGGCGCAGCGGUGCUGGUGCCGCCGAAGGGCCCCCCGCGCCGGGUACCCCCUGUCCCAGCACGCCCGCCCCGAAUCCCUUCCCCGCGGCGGGCGCCCCUCCGCGACGAAGGCCGUCGUGUUCCUUGACGGUCAGAGUGAAGACGCCCCGGCGGACCCCCGUCAUGCCCACGGCCAACAUCAAGCUCCCGCCCGGCCUCGCCUCGCACCUGGCUGGCCUCGCACACGGCGCCCAGCAGGCUGCCCCAGUGAGGCGCCGGGAGCCGCCUGCCCGCCGCCCGGACCAGGUACACUCCGUCUACGUGGCACCCGGCGCCCACCUGCCUGCUCAGGGCCCCCAUGAGCCGCUGGACACGGACGAGCCGCUGCCAGGGGCCCAGCGGAGGUACUCGGACCCCCCCACCUACUGCCUGCCCCCUGCCGCGGGACAGGCCAACGGCUGAGAGUCCAGCCCAAGCUGGCCGAGGUGCUCUGGAGGGGAACGACCGGGAUGCAGCACUCUGGGGACAGGCACCGCCCAGGGCGGCACCUAGGAGAGUGUGGUUGGGCCACAGCUGGGCUGACCCAAAGUGCCAGUCCUGGGGGGGUGGGGGGCGUGGCCCCUCCUCCCCAUUUUGUACGUUUUUAAGGUAGCUUCCUGAGUGGUUUACAUAACUUGAAACUGUAACAGCCUUAACAGAAGACCAAAAUCUUUUUUAUA